ACUCCCAUCAUCAAUCUAUCCAUUUCUUUCAGACCUGUCCCAUUUUCUUUUCUAAACUCUUUUUGGAACCACCCCUUCUCUUUUUUCAAACCACCAAACACAAAUCUUUACUUAAAUUGAGUUGUUUCUAGUAUACUUGUUGCCAUCACUCUCCACUCAUACAAAGUUUGGAACUUUACAACAAAGAAUUUCGCAGUAAAUGGAGUGUGGAGUUGGGAUUCAGUUAGAAAAUGAGAGUGUUGUUGUAGACAAGACUAUUGUAGGAGAUCAGGUUCUGGAUGUUGAGAAAGAGGCGGGUGAAGGAGGGUUUGGUUCGUCUGGAGAGAAGGUUGAAUCAUCCGAGACUGCUUUGGAAAGCAAACUAGCGAGUCCCGAUAAGGUUACCAGGGCUAUAUCCAAAAACAGCAAAGCUUUAGUAAGGCCUGCUUUUAAGAAAGCAACAAAAUUGGCUGGUGAAAGGCCAAGCCUGACGCAAGGUGGAUCUUUUCCUGCUAAAGGGCUGGGUGCAAAUGCCAUAGGGAAAAGUGUUGAUGGGCACCCGACGCAAUCCAGCGCCAAACACGCUGGAGCAGAUAGGUCGAAAACUGAGGUGCCAGUAUCAAAUGGAGCAGCUAAUUCUGUUUCUCGGAGAGCAUCAACUGGACUGAGCACAAAUGGAGCAAGCAAAGGUCUUGCUUCAGCAUCUGUCGAGCAAAGUACAUUAGUGUCUGUCCCAAGUGUGCAUCAAUCAAUGCCUGUUUUGACAAACGGAACUGCAACAUGUCCUCCACCUGAUGGCUUCUUAUCUGCUGAUCAACCUACGAAAUCUGAUAAGGCAACACUGUCCUCUACUGAGGAAGAUGCCCAUUCUCCAAGCUCAUCAAACGUCGCUGGUGUUCACUGCAAAAGCAGUACCCUUGGAUUUUCCUCUAGGCUGGAAGUACGUGCUGAAAAACGAAGAGAGUUUUUUUCCAAGUUAGAAGAGAAGAUACAUGCAAAAGAAGUGGAAAAAAAUAAUAUGCAAGAAAAAUCGAAGGAAAGCCAAGAGGCAGAAAUAAAGAUUUUGAGAAAGAGUUUAAAAUUUAAAGCUGCACCGCUGCCAAGUUUCUAUAAAGAACCUCCUCCUAAAGUUGAAUUGAAGAAGAUGCCAACCACGCGUGCAAGAUCCCCAAAGCUGGGAAGAAGAAAAAGUUAUAGUGGUACACGCAACUCCUUGGAAGGUGGAUCAGGUCAUGUAAGCAGAGAACACGACACUUCAACCAAGAGUAUGCAGGUGAAAUAUACAAAUAAACCAAAUCGGAAAUCUUUGCCUAAUCUUCAUUCACGGGAGUCCAUUUCUGCUAAAACCGAAGGAAAGUCUAGCAAGUUGAAACAGAGGGAAACAGUAGCAAAAGGUGAAGAUAUGAAAGCUACCGCAGAUAAAGAGCAAGCAAGCAAAACCGAGUCUGUAAACCCUCCUGAACUUGAGGAUGUAAAACUCGAGAAGAAUCCUCCCGGGAACACUGAAUUGCUUGCUAAUUCGGCCCAUCCUUUUGUGCCGGAAACUGAAGUAACUCUGAAUGGGGGGUGAUCCAGACAUUUGAACUGCUUACCUUGCUUCUGGAGGCUAAUAACAUAAUUUUGAUUAUUUAAAAGUUGUACCUAAUUCUUAAUAGUUCCCCAUUUUCUUAUGGUUAAUUUAUCUUGUGCAUAUACAAUUUGUGUUUCUUUGUAAAGUUAUGUAUAAAUAUGAAUUGUGGCGGCUACAUUGUAUAAUAUGUUAAUAUUGCUUGAUGUCUAUUCUUCGAAGUCC